AUGUUAAAGAUGGAAUUUAUUCCGCAAGUGGUAAACGGCAAGAAGUGGGUUCACGAUCCUACGAAGAACGAAAAUCAUCGAGUCAAACGGGAUUUGAAGAUUUUGGACGACAAGACCGUAUGA